AACCUUCUUCCAGCUUUCGACAUGCAAUUCGCUUUUGCAAUUUACAAACAGAGGCACAUAAUAAUUUCAUUCGAUUUGAUUUUUCUUACCAUGAUGAUAGAAAAUCAAAAUCAAAAUGCCUUGCUUGCCUCCCAUCCCAUUCUAUGUUUUCCUGCACCUUUUCUUGCCUCCCUCCCAAAUUUCUUCUUCUUCUUCCUCAUUGGAAGAGGAGCAUAACUAACUUGCUUCCAUCUCCAUCUUCCUGCUUGCCUAUACAAAUUUGCCACCCUCAGGAACAUUACACAAACAAAACCACCACAAAGGCUAAACCAUCCAGCCAGGUUUCCAUUGAUAAUCUUACCUCAACCAUGGCAUCCUCCUCUUCCAUGCCCGGUGGCGGCCUCAAGAGGUCCGACAGCAUCGCCAACAUGAUGCCCGAGGCGCUGCGCCAAACCCGCUACCAAAUGAAGGGAUGCUUCCAGAGGUAUGUCUCCAAGGGCAGGAGGCUUAUGAAGAACCAGCAGCUAAUGGAGGAGCUGGAGAGGUCGGUGGACGACAACCUUGAGAAGACCAAGCUCGAAGAAGGCUUCCUCGGCUACAUCAUCUGCUCCACGCAGGAGGCCGUCGUGCUUCCCCCAUUCGUCUCCUUCGCUGUCCGGAUGAACCCCGGCAUCUGGGAGUACAUCAAGGUGCAUUCCGCGGACCUCUCCGUCGAGCAGGUCACGCCGGCAGAUUACCUCAAGAGCAAAGAGACCCUCUUUGAUGAAAAGUGGGCAUGCGAUGACAACUCGCUUGAAGUCGAUUUUGGCGCGCUAGAUCUCUCGACACCUCGUCUCACGCUGCCAUCGUCCAUUGGCAACGGGAUGCAAUUUGUUUCCAGGUUCAUGUGUUCGAAACUGAGCGGCAAGCCGGAGGACAUGAAACCAUUGCUCGACUACCUGCUCACCUUGAACUACCGUGGCGAGAAACUGAUGAUCAGUGACACCCUCGACACCGUUAACAAGCUUCAGACAGCAUUGCUUCUUGCGGAGGUCUUUGUCGCUGGCCUGCAGAGGAACACGCCAUACCAGAAGUUUGAACAGAAGUUUCAGGAGUGGGGUUUGGAGAAAGGAUGGGGCGACACUGCUGAAACAUGCAGAGAAACACUGAACUGCCUGUCUGAAGUGCUCCAAGCACCAGAUCCUUUCAACAUGGAGAAGUUCUUCAAUAGGGUGCCAUCAGUAUUCAACAUUGUCAUCUUCUCCAUCCAUGGUUACUUCGGUCAAGAGAAGGUCCUUGGGAUGCCAGAUACUGGUGGUCAGGUAGUUUACAUCCUGGACCAAGUUAGAGCUCUUGAAGAGGAACUCUUGCAAAGAAUCAAGCAGCAGGGCCUAAAUGUUACGCCAAAAAUUCUCGUGCUAACAAGACUCAUACCAGAAGCAAAGGGUACUAAGUGCAAUGUAGAGCUUGAACCGGUCGAACACACGAAGCACUCAAGCAUUGUCCGCGUGCCAUUCAAGAGUGAUGAUGGGAAAGACCUUCGCCACUGGGUCUCCCGGUUCGAUAUUUAUCCUUACCUGGAGAGAUAUGCCCAGGAUUCUUCUGUCAAGAUUCUUGAAAUACUGGAGGGCAAACCAGACUUGGUCAUCGGCAAUUACACUGACGGAAAUUUAGUAGCAUCCCUAAUGUCAAGCAAAUUAGGAGUCACCCAGGGAACAAUCGCACAUGCUCUUGAGAAGACAAAGUACGAGGAUUCAGAUGUCAAGUGGAGAGAAAUGGACCAGAAGUAUCAUUUCUCCUGCCAAUUCACUGCCGACAUGAUCACCAUGAACACUAGCGACUUCGUCGUCGCUAGCACCUACCAAGAAAUAGCCGGAAGCAAAGAGAAGCCUGGCCAGUAUGAGAGUCACUAUGCAUUCACAAUGCCAGGGCUAUGUCGCUACGCCACGGGCAUUAACGUCUUUGAUCCCAAGUUCAACAUUGCUGCCCCUGGUGCCGAUCAAUCUGUUUACUUUCCCUUCACACAGAAGCAGAAGAGGCUGACAGACUUGCACCCCCAAAUUGAGGAGCUACUCUACAGCAAGGAGGACAAUGAUGAGCACAUAGGGUACCUAGAAGACAGGAACAAGCCAAUCAUCUUCUCAAUGGCAAGGCUCGACAAGGUGAAGAACAUUACCGGGCUGGUCGAAUGGUAUGGUCAGAACAAGAAGCUCAGGGAGCUUGUCAACCUGGUCAUUGUUGGGGGGCUCCUGGAACCUUCACAAUCAAAGGACAGAGAAGAGAUCGAGGAGAUUAACAGGAUGCACAGCUUGAUGAACAAGUACCUGCUCAAGGGACAGAUCCGUUGGAUAAAAGCACAGACCGAACGUGUUCGCAAUGGCGAGUUGUACCGUUGCAUUGCAGAUACCAGGGGAGCCUUUGUUCAGCCUGCACUCUAUGAAGCAUUCGGAUUAACAGUCAUCGAGGCAAUGAACUGCGGGCUACCAACCUUCGCAACAAAUCAAGGAGGACCUGCAGAAAUCAUUGUCGACGAGGUCUCAGGUUUCCAUAUCAAUCCACUCAAUGGCAAGGAGGCAAGUGACAAGAUUGCAGGUUUCUUUCAGAAAUGCAAGGAGGACCCCACCUGCUGGAACAAAAUGUCCACUGCUGGACUCCAGCGCAUCUAUGAGUGUUACACAUGGCAGAUUUAUGCAACUAAAGUUCUGAACAUGGGAUCAAUGUACGGCUUCUGGAGGACUCUGAACAAGGAAGAGAGACAGGCCAAACUGUGCUACCUGCAGAUGUUCUACAACCUUCAGUUUAGGCAGCUGGUAAAGACUGUCCCAAAACUGGGCGAACAACCUGCACAACCUGUGGGAAGUGCGAUGCCUGGUAGGAUUGUGCCAAGACCAAAAGAAAGAAGGACGCAGACAAGGAUUCAGAGAAUUGCAUCAAACUUACUCGGACCGGUACUCCCAGCCUCCAAUUUCUCCAAUGAUACAGCUUGAAGUGAAGACAAACGUCAUAAACCAGAACUGUGUUGUUGGAGUGAGAAAUGUAUUGCCAAUUCUUUUCUUGUGUGGUUCCAUUGAUUGGGAAAGUUGGAAUAAAACUGGAAUUAUCCACGAUGACUGUGAGAGUUUUUUUUUUCUCGAA